AUGGAGUUGAAGGUUGGGGAGUGGCCUGUGGAAGGGAUAGCAAGGAGGCUGCUGUCUCGUCACCUGUCCCUGGUUGGACGAGACAGCGGCACUCCCAGAUCUCUGCCGGGUGGCCUGAAAAAUGCCAAUAGGCUUGUUGCUAUGACUACUCUCGUGCUCAGGGAUGCCAACAACAUUGUUCGGGGCCCAAAGGUAAAUGCGAACUUCUCCGUCAGGACACAGGCUCCUUCACAGGGCUUGGUGCUGAGCACGGAGGAUGGUUUGAUGGCGAGAUACAGCAGCCUCCUGCUGAGGAGUGAGCCAGCCCGCAUGGUGGUGCUACCAUGCAGGAGGUGUAGCCAGCGGGAGUGGAAGGGUCUGCAUUUGUCUGAAGGUGCACAGGAGAACAAGGCUAUUGAGGAGAGCUGUGAGCUGCUAGAGAGACUCGGAAAGAGUGUGGUGCUGGAAGAGGUUGAUGAGGAUGGGACCCAAAAUACAGGUAGACAGGUUAGUCUACAGAAGAGAAACCUCUUCCUUGGAAACUGGGAGAAGCAUGGGAGAGCAUCCUCUCUUUGGGAGAGAAGUCGUCGGAGUCCCGAGGAAAACAAAGAAAUGAACAGACUGAAGAAAGAGCUGCCACUGUGACUGUCUUGACAGGGAAGAUGGAACCGUACCUGGUUUUGUUGAAGUCUUGGGUCCAGGAAGCAAAAUGGAAAGGAAAGGAAGAGCAUAGUGAGGCUGGAGAUGGGAGUAAG